UUAUAAAAAGGGUCCUAAUCUGAGUGGAAAAUCAAAGACACUCUGGAUGACAUGCAAGGCACCAUGCAGUUUGGUUUUGAAAGGUUAUCCAUCCUUCUGGUACUGGCACUGACAGGGUACCUCAGUCCCUCCUGUGCAUCAGAAACAAACGACCACUCUGGUAUUACCAUCAGCUAUCUCGACCCGGUGACGGCUGGGGUCAGAACUAACUUCACCUGCUCCUCCACCUGCAUCCCACAAUGCACCUAUGUCUGGGUGCUGAAGGACCGCACGGUUGAAGGGAGCAUGCUCUUCUGGAUCCCAGACGGUCUGGAGAGCAGCGUGGACCUCCAGUGUACCGCCGUCAACCCAGAGAGCGGCCAAUCGGAAACGUCGACCGUCACAGUUGAAGUGGAAAACCCUUUCUCAGUACAGCUGGGCUCAGGGUACUUUUUCCCCACCGUGAACCAGCCCUUCACCCUGAUCUGCGGUGGCGCUACCAGGGAACACGAGGUGGCCUGGUACAAAGACGGCCAGGCUCUCACCCCAGACUCCAGGACAGAACUGCUGGCUGGCAACGCCACUCUCCGCUUCAGCUCACUGCUGCCCUCCGAUGGUGGCUUCUACCGGUGCACCGGGCUGAACGAAAACGUGGCCUUCAGCUUGGGCUACCUUUUAAACUUCGAGCCUUGGGCUGUCAGUAUCAGCGGGCCUGAUACAGUGCAGCCAGACAGCCAGACCACCUUCAUCUGCCUGGUUAACUGCACCAUCAGUGUGGACUGUUUCAUUUCCUGGCGGUUCAAGGGGGGGUUUCCUAGUGGAUCUCUCUCCAUUCGCGGGAGAACUUUCAAGUGGACCCCGUUCACACCUCGUACGUUCCAGAACCUGACCUGCGUGGUGGAAAGCGUGGAGAAAAACGGAGCCACUCAACGCUCUGCAGAGGGCUUCAAAACGGUAGAGGUCCUAGAUAUGCCUGUCUAUCCAACCGCCCCAGUGUCGGGGUCGGACGUUGUGAAGCUGAGUACGAUGUUGGUGAUGGUCUGUUGUUUGGGACUGCAGUUCCUCUUUGACUCCUAGAGAGGGCGCUGUAGAACCGCAACCGUACGAGAACGUUGAAGCAGUUUUUUUUUUUCUGUACGUGUGAUAAACGUUAUGAUCUCUGAAAUAAACAGUUACCACUCUGGUCUUAAUUUGUCCAGUUUGGCACAGCAUUUGU